UUCGUAGGUAUACGUAAGUAUCGACCUUCUUGACGGUUUCUCCAUUAACAGUAAUUGUGCACUUUUUGGCGUGUUCAUUGAACACUACCUUGGUCUUGCCAAGAUUCAUAUUAAGGUCGGCUGGUUUGCUUGUAUUAUGAAUGUCAGUGAGCAUACUGGUCAGCUCAUCUGGUUCCUUGGCAAACAAGAUGAUAUCAUCCGCGAAAAUUACACGGGAGAGGUAUUCGCCGUCAGUGUUAACGUUUAGGCCUUUACCUUGCCAGUGGAUCCUCUUUAUUAUAGCAUCUUGGAGACAUGCUGUGAAACGUUUAGGCGCUAUAUUGUCACCCUGUCUUCCACCGCUCUCCAUUUUAAUUUUGUCACUGUCCCUGUGGAGUUUCAGAACAGAGGUGGCACCAUUGAACAAGUCACUUGAGAUAGUAAUGUAAGCCUGAUCAACUCCUUGAUUCUCUAAUGCCUUGAAGAGCGUUGUGAACUCACUGGAAUUAUUAAAUUGAUAUUAGCUGUGUCUCCUUUCUUGUGGAGGAUAAUUACGGAUGCAUUAUUCCAGCUGCUGGGAACUUUGCCAUCUCUAAUGCAUCUGUUGAACAGCUUCGUGAACAUCCUGACAGUGGGUCCCCCAAUCCUGUAGGAUGCCAGCGGUAAUAUUGUCCUCCCCAGGAGCCUUAUCACGCUUUAGACGCUUAACUGCGUCGUCUCUCACUUCGGAAGUAUUAUGGGAGGAGUUUGACCUGUUUCCUUAUAGUGAACGUCAGUGAAAGGUUGAUCUUGCGGUCUUUUGGUGCUAUAGAGUUUGGUGUAGAACUCCUCAGACCUGCUGAUCAGCCUGUCACGGUCUUUAAUGAGCGUGCCGUUUCCUCGUUAAGGGUAACAAUGUUGUUUCUGCCUAGGCUCUGUUUUCUUUGGAUGGUCUUGAGACCUCUGUUGUUUUUCAGUGCUUUGAACUAUUCUUGCUCAUUGUAGUUGCUGAUUUCCUCUUUCAAACGCUUUCUGAUGGCUUCCCAGAUCUAAGUGUAUUCGAUAUGUUGCACAUCUAUUCCACUUCUCUUCAUCUGCCGCCGCUUCUUCUCUGAGUUGUCUUAUUGCCAUGGGGAGCUUUUCCGGUCUUGGCGGUUUGUUUUCACCAGAGGUCUCAACUGCAGUUUCCACAACAAUAGUAGUAAGAUUAUCAUUGCAUGUGUCAAGGUCGCCUGUUGGUCAGCAGUAGCUGGAAUUCUGCUUCCUUUUCAACGAGUACCACUUCAUUUGGUUUCCUUUGCCGUCUGGUGAGCCUGGGCCGCUCUAGCUUUGUGUUGAUGGCCACUGUGCCGCGUACCAUGCGGUAGUCACUGCCCGUGUUAAUUAAUAACAGAUACAUCUGUAAAAACAUGAGGUUUGUCCGUGAGGAUGUAGUUGAUCUCGUUGUAGCCCAUGAUGAUGUUAAAAUAGGCUUUGCUAUAAGUGAUGAGGUUAUCUAUGUCCUCAUAUACUUUAUCUACUUCUUCAUCAGUAUGGUUAGUUGUUGGAAGAUAAUCCUGAAUUAUAUUCACAGAUGAUAUUUGCAAUUGAUCUUAAGGGUGAGUUGGGCCAACCGAUCGGAUACGCCUUUCGAAGCUGGUGGCAUUUCGACUGCAAUUUUCUUGUGUACUACGAAACCGACUCCUUUUAUGGCAGGUGUUGCCGCCGAUGUAAUACAGAUUAUGGACUGCACUGUUGUUUAGAGUGAUGCAGCCUUCUCCCUUCUUUCGAACUUCACUGAUUCCAACAAUAUCAAAAUUUAUCUUCGCCAGCUCUUCCUAAAACUCUAAGAUUCUGUCGCCGAAGGAUAGUGAUCUGGCGUUGUAGGUGCAAAUUUUCAUGUUCCAAUGGCAGCCUGUCCGAACCCAGAGAUUCUUAGCACCAUCCGCUCUUUUGUCAACCUUCCCGCCGCCUUGGCUAGGUGCCUCAAAGCUUCUGGGGACUGAGGGCCCUUGGUUGUCAAUUUCGAUGAUUUUUUCCAGUGGGGUUGCCAUCCUCGCCACCCUUGGCACUGCGGGUUGGCGAGGUAUUUUCUAUCAGGGUUCCUUCCCUAAGCCUUUGCCUAAAGAGGCACAACCUGCAAGGCAGCUGGUUCGACUAUGUUUGCUGGAUGGCCGGUGGCUCAGAUGAGCUCGUACGCCCUCAGAGAUGGAUUUUGUUUUUAGUUCCAACAUGAUGUCCAGCCACCCUCCUCACACGACUCCUCCUGGAAUUUGAUGGGGGUGACGGUUUAGUCGCCGACAGCCCGCCCCUGAGACAGGUGGUACCGGUUUACAGGUUACCCGUAGCAGGUGAGGCCUUUUUUUGGCCUCACCUGACCUGACCUGUCAUGUAAAGUUUAUGUUUAUUGUUUAUUGUUUUGUUUGCCAAAAAAUUAUACAAAUCAAAUGAAAUCUAAUUACUUAAACUCUCAUGGCGAGGAAGCCCAAGAGAAGCCACCGGGCUUAUAAGGAAUGGGCUCCCUCAGUUAGAUAAAUAGAACAAAAUAUUAUCAUAAUUACACAUGGGAAAAUCAAUGGCAGAGCUACAGUAAAUCUUAAAAUAAGUAUAUUAGAUAGUCGUACUAAUAGUUAGUACUAAUAGUUAGUUAAUAGUCAUGUUAUAGUUGGUAAAUUAAUGUUUUCAUUAUUUUUUCUGUGUCACUUUUAUAUGGGUAUUAAAUUUCGAGUGUUUCAAUUUCACGGGGAUUUUCUGAUUCACGGGUCACUAAUUUCACGAUUUUUCCACAACUGCGAAAAACGCAAAAUUAAAGACCUGCGAAACUAAGUGUACCAAUAAGGUAUUAUAAACGAGUUAAAAGUUAGAACAGGAGCCUGGUACGUAUUAUGGUUUCAGUUUGACAACCGAAUAAUCAAGAUGCCAUACCAACAACAUAAAGCAAUUAUUUCAUACUGAAUGAAAUGACUUGUCAAAUGGUGUUUUAUUCUGCAGAUUCCACAAAUGAAAAAGGAAGAAUAAAGGCUAUUAAAUUUUGAAUUUGUACAAUCUCGAAAAAGUGUGUAGAAUAUGAACCCUGAAAAGAUAAUUUGUGCUGUUUUUUUUAUGUUGUUGUUGAGAAUGAUGAUUAGUGGGAAGUGUUAACUCGUAUAUUUGUAUAAUUAAGCAAUGUUCAUUUAUUACUGUAUUGAACCUUUGAUUAAUCUAGUUUUUUAAUCUACUUUUUUUUCUUUGUAACUCACGGUAAAUAACCUUAAGCUAUUAAAGUUGGAUUUGGGACCCUUCCUAUCCCCCAAGUUAAAGGCACCUGAAAUUUAAUCUUGGCUUCUUCUUCAGAUACUAGAUCCUUGUUAGUUUUCAUAACUCCGAUGACGAAAAGCCUGAAAAGGAUUUCACCGUACUACUUUGAUGAUCUGAUUUUUUCCUUCCCAUACUCUGUGCUCCUAGGCCCCGUUUAUAUAGAACGACUUUGUAGAAAGGUCACCCGACUACCUGAACUUAACCUUGGACGGGCCAACUUUACAUAAAUUUAAAAAAACGUGGCAAACUGUUUACAUGAGAAACCAGAAAACUGGCUCGGCUAGAAGUUAAGGGUGACCCACCUAGCGCUAGCUUGGUAACUCUUCUGUAAUGGCAGGGUUAUCCUUCUAGCCCGGCCAACUUUUCUCCAUAAAAACACUUUGGCACACCCGGCCUCGCCGGGUCAAGUCGGUCAAGGCGAGACAAUCAGAGAGUACGCGAGCGAUGCUGGCUCGGGAAAAGGGAUCAACUAUUUUCUCAUAAACGCUUGCUAAAGUUGACUCGGCUGGGAGGGUAACCCUCCACCGUAGGACAACGUUCCUUCAUAUAAACAGAGCCUUGCACACUAGUCAAUAUUAAGUGUAUUCGAAAAGGAAAUGAAGUGGAAAAACAUGUCUUUAAAUAUAUGAUUGAGGAAAAGAUAGCGAAUUAGGGAAGAAAGGAUUGCUAAAACCUAGGGAAUGGGGAACGAUCACGGGGAGCUCGUGGCAGCAAGAAGGACAGGAUAAAAAUACUUAACAAGGAAAAACAUACCACCAAUCCAGUUACAUGAGGUAAAAAAAAAACACCACAAAAAAUUAAAUGCUCAAUAAUAGUACAUCCAGUCUGCCUUCAGAAAUUCUAAAGAAACACACUACAGCGUACCAUAGUCUCUUCAUUCUCAAAAUAACUAUAUGAACAUGGACUAGUGAUGCAGAGACAAUUAACGUCUCUUACCUGACACACUUUAGUUUCGAUAACAGACCACUCCCGUUACCUUUCAUUUUAGAACAAAAAUUUGGUAGACGAGGCUUAAUAGACCUAAGUUUUUUUCUGAUUUAGAUACAAGGAGGGCACAUUUUCUGAAAUGCCAUUGCUAUUUUGGUUUGUGAUUGAUAUUGUGUUGUUGGUUUGUUUGUUGUUGGUUCUCCCCUUUGCUCCGAGAGGUUUUUCUCCGAGUACUCCGGUUUUCCCUUUUCCCCCAAAACCAACAUUUCCAAAUUCCAAUUUGACCAGGAAUCAGGUAGACGAAGAACCACUUUGUGGAUAUGCUACCUCCAAAUCAUUAUUUAUUCAUUUAUUCUUUGAUUUUCAGUUCUGAACAUAAAAACUGUGUUCAAAAUGGCUGCAGGCAUUGCAAUUACAGCAUCCGCCUAUCAGCUGCUGAGGCAUGGUUCUACAUAUGAUCAGUUGGUAACUGCUGUUAAUACCUGCGUCCUUCCCGCUGGCGUUAAACUGAUGCAAAUAGCUGAGGGCAGUGUGAUUCUCAAAGUUCAGGCAGAAAAUAUUUCAGCUCUUGACAGCUUGUGGAGUUUAUACACAGACGGAAAGCUCAGAAAAUCCCUGCAAGUGUUGCUUGUUACGGACAAAAUGCGAGAGGAACUUGGCUGUGGAGAACAUGUGAAUGUGAUUGUGACCAUAGAGGAACAAGAAUACGAAAAAGCCCGGAAAGAGUUACUCACUGAAGCAGAAGGUAAUAUUUUUCCAGUCCAUGUCGAUGAUUUCCGCCAUUUUACUUUCAGCUCAACAUUAACGCACGGUUAAUGCCUGGUAUAACUUUAUCUUUAAAUUGGAUAAAGUGUGACAACUAAAGAAGGCAAAAUGAUUAAACACGGUAGUUGUGAACUUAGGUAACAUCCCAGUAGAAAAUUGACUUCCCAAAAAAGCAAGCCAAAAAAACUAUUAGCUUGAAACUGAACACUUUGAACUCUUUCGAACGAAAUCCUUCUUGUUACUUUGUUCCUUGGUUUUUUUUUUAAAUUUCUAUAUGUAGUCGAACCUCCCUUAGCGACCACCCAAAAUGUGAAGAUUAAGGGUUUUCUUACGGCAAAAAAUACGAGAAAGCUUGGUAAGUGUUAAUCAGUGAUGUACAAGGUGACGUACUUGAACUGUUAGGAAUAAUAAUAAAAAAAAAACUUCCCGAAGCUAGAUACUCAGCAUUUAGAGUUAUUUGAUAUUUUCCAAAAUCAAUACUUAUCACUUGUCUUAAUAUCUAUAACUUUCCAAUUAAAUUAAUUUUUUUUUUUUGCAUUUGCACAUGUAUCCCCACGAUCAUUAUCAUUUCAGAAGACUAUCCCCACGAUGGUAGACAAGCCAACCGACUUAAUUUAGACGUAGAUCAAGAGAAAUCAUCUUACAUUCAGAAUUGGUUUGCUGCUGAACAAUCCUACUCCUACAUCCAAGAUAGCGAUAAAAACAGCAUAAUAUCAGAAACAGGCGACAGUGGAAUAGGGUCAUCAUUUUAUGCACCGUCUGAGCUCGGAAUUGAAGACACUAGCGGUAAGAUUAAACUUUCAACCUUUCUUCUUUCUAUUUGUUCUUAGUUUUGUGGCUAUAAGCACGCACUGUUUUUUGUUUGUCUUCUUGCUCUGGGUGGCAAAGCUACCAAACAUGUGCAGAGAAGGUUAUCCUCUGUAAUGUAUAUCUGGAACAAUUUGGAACAAUUUAAACACUGCACGUUUAGGAUAGCUGAUAUAUUUCCCGUUUGAGUUGUAGCCUCUAAGGGUGGUGUCACAUACUCUUCAAUCGAGGCAGUUUUUUUAUGCUUCGUUACACCGAUACACUAUGAUGUCUAAAACAUCGAAUAGAAAAAAAGCGAAUCGAAUCGUUCAGGUAAGAUAAACACUUGUUAGUUUUUUUAAAUGAAAAUUGCAAGAAAAAGCGGAGUAGCUAGUUCCCGGUCUUUCGGGCGUAGUGUCUAAAUAAGAACAACCGUAUCUACAGUAGAGCUUUAACGUUUCUUUCUCGCUAAUUUUAUGUCGGAGAAGUCAAUUCAGGUUGUUAAGAAAUCAAUUUACUUUUCUCUUGAAUUUUUAGAUUCCCCUUUGCAACUAUACGUGAAAGAUCUAAAGGAAGAAGUUACCGCAGAAUUGGCGUGGAGGCUUCAAGCUGACCCAGUUGCGCUGGAGAGAUUUUGUAAAUCUUUUGGGCUUGAUUCAUCACAAGUGAAAUUUACUACGACAACACUCUGGAAAAUUAGAGAAUUUUUUCCUGAUACUUCAGUCAAAUCUUUAAAAGAUAUUUUCAGAACGUUAAAAUUGUAUGACCUUGUUGAGAUUUUGGAAGAAGCAACAAAACCACGCGCACUUCGUCCCAGGCUUUCCCUAAAAGAAAUAGAAAGCUUAACGGCGGAUGUUGCUAAUCGUCCAACAAAGUUGUACAGUAGAGCGGAGGUUUUGAUCAUCAAUUUCUUUGAAAGUGAUCCUAAAGGAGCUGAAAGAAUCGCAUCUUUUUUUCAAGACAUAAGUUCAAAAAACAGAGUAACAGCAUUGACGGCAGAUUCUUCUGGGAAAUUGUUUGAAGAUCUGGCAAAGUUGAAGGAAAACGCGCAUGUAAAAGAUAACGAUAUAGCGCAAGCUGGAAAAAAGAAACUGGAGAAGGUGGCAGCGUACAGUGGGUCCUACGAAGAGCUUGCAGAGAGGAGGAAACAGCUGAUGAAAGAAAGAAUUCAGCUUAACGAGGAGAUGAUGCAAAAGAAAGAGGAACUAAACAGAGAAAACGAAAAAUUCAAAUUGGCUGUUACAGAUGUCGUCGACAAAUGGAUCGAACAGUCACAUGACGGUAAGUGGAUACAGUGGGGCCCCGUUAAUACGGUCACCAAUGGGCCAAAAAAAAACUGGCCGUAUUAACGGGUGAUCGUAUUAACGAGGGUUUUUUCUUUUUUUUUUUUACAAGAAAAUGUAUGACCGUUUUGCCGCGCGGCCAAAAAAAGUGACCGUAAUAACGAGGUGCAUGAGGUGGCCGUAAGGCGGGGUUCCACUGUAGUUUGCACUGCAUCAAUCAUGGCACUUUGACGAAGGGCUGGGAGGGGGAGGCUCUUAUAUUGAUUGAAGAGAGAAGUCUCAAACGCGGGUGAAAACUUAACACGGGGAGGCUCCGUCCCGAGGUCCAACCCCUUGCCCUUUUAAAAAGCAUUUUUAACAGAAAAGGUUCCCCUUGUUAUAUACCUUCUAUUUACAAAUGGUACCCCUUUCGCAUAAAUAGUUAAGAACUCUUACUAACUACUGUAAAUCAGUGCACUGUCUUUAAAGUAUGAAUAAAUCACAAAACCAGAACGUUUUCGAGACUUUUUCACCAUCAGAAAAUGCAUUUGCAAGCCCUUUUGGGCCUUUUUAUCGCACAGAAGUGUCCCUACCCUUUCAUAUACGUCAACAAGUAAAAUCACUACCCUUUCUGUUUCAAAUACCUGAAGCCUCCCUGUAUAGGCCAUUAUAAGCCCCCCCCCCCCCCACCCUCCGGGAUUUGCAAGGAUAAAUUUGUCAGCCGGCUUGUGCAUGCCGAAAAUGUUUUUCUUCCCUUGUAGAUAAGAACUCGACCCUUUUUGUCGUAUUUUCUUUGUUCAACGGUCCUUCCAAGGCAUGUUCAAAGGAAAGUCGGAGUUAUAUGGGAAUGAUAGAAGUUUUUUUGACAGAAAAGUUGGAACUCAUUCACGACACGAAGCUUCUGAUAACUGGUUUCUUCUCACGUGUGAAAGAAAUUCCCCGCGAAACUCUUCAAGUGAGUAAUUUAAACCUUCGCGGUGUUCCAGCCAUGAUGGUGGAGAUUCUGAACAAGCGCUGGCAGACAUUGGACCUCAUUUCAAUGAUGCAGGAAUUACAAAGGACG